AUGGAUAAAGAAAAGUCGACGACGGAUACGGAAACCAAGCGAACAGAUCGAUUAGCACGUUUGAAGGAACUUCAUUUUCGACGUAAUGAAGCUCGAAAAUUGAAUCAUGCUGAAGUGAUUGAAGAGGAUCAUCGAAAAAGUUUGCCAACAAAUUUCGAACGUCGCUGUGAACGUGUUAAAAAUCAAGAAGAAGUAGCGAAACGACGCCGUGAAGCAGCUGAUAGUGGUCUCGAUUACGAGCGUGUAGAACAACUGGAUUGGACAGCAGAAGAAUGUGACAAAUGGGAUAAAAAACGCAAGAAGAAAAAUCCCGAUGUUGGAUUUGACAAUUAUGAACAAUGUACUUAUCGUGCUUAUACAAAAUUGACUGGACAAAUAAAACCUGAUAUGGAAGCAUGUAAUAAACAAAAAGAAGAAUUAGGUGAAGAUUAUUAUGCAACAGCCAGUUCAAUGAUUCAUGGUACACAUAAACCAAGUGAAACAGCUGUCAAUCGUAUGGUAGAAGAUCUCGAGCAACAAUAUUCGAAACGUGGCAAAUUCUCACGUCGACGCGCAUUCGACAUCGAUGCAGAUGUUGAUUACAUUAAUGAACGUAACAGAGCAUUCAACAAGAAAAUUGAACGUUACUAUGGAAAAUACACUGCCGAAAUCAAGCAAAAUUUGGAACGUGGUACAGCAGUUUGA